CUUUGAUUCAGUGGCAGUGGCUGAGACAACCCUGUUACCGGCCACUGUUAACCUGUGUAACUAAGAGCCCCGAUCAUACUCGAGACCAACAGCUCGUGGCAAAGCAAAGACAGAUUCCCCUGAAGGACUCUGUGUAUUUAUCGGGUAUCUGUGUCCAGAUAUAAAUCCAGACCUUUGGUCAGACCCAACUUUAGAAGAAACACACGCUCUUUAUUGGAUGACCACGACGUGUGAAGAUGCAUUGCGUGUCCGAUGAGUGCAAAAUCUGCCAGUUAAAGUCCGUGAUCAAGAGCUCGGCGCAGACAGGAGUACCCGCGGUGAAGAAACCCGCAAGAAGCUCCACCCGGUAAGAAGUGGAAGAGUGAUAUUCAGUGAAGAAAGAGAAGAGAGUGGGGGCCAGCAAACAAACACCAGCGCGUCAUCAAAUGAUGGGGAUAAAGCACCUUCUGCUUCUUUUGGUUUACUUAGACCCUCUGAAUGUCCUGUGCGCCGCCACCGCCAACAAAAAGAACAAAACCCCGCUGAGGAGGAUCCCAAAGGUGAAAGAGGUCAACGGCAGCACCACCGCGGUCCCCGGAGCCGCCGCCGUCCCGGGGAAGAUCACCCAGGUCCAGGCUCCGCCGCUCGUCGCGUUCCAGCACGACACCUGUAAGGGCUACUACGACGUGAGCGGUCAGUUCGACAACGCGUUCGCCUGCAACAAUACCGAUCACCGCUUCUGCUGCGGCAGCUGCUUUCUGCGCUUCUGCUGCGCGGACCGGGGGAAGCGGCUGGAGCAGAACAGCUGCAACAACUACAUCACCCCGGACUGGAUCAAAACCCAGCCCCCGUCACCGGCGCCAACAGGUGACACGUACGACCCCGCGCUGGACCAGACCAACACCACGGUGUACAUCACCUGCGGGGUCAUUGCGCUCAUCAUUGCCAUUGGGAUUUCUGCAAAAGUUGCCUACGAUAAAGCCACGAAGCCCCCUCAGGAAAUGAACGUGCACAGAGCCCUGGCUGACAUUUUGAGACAACAAGGACCGGUUCCCAUAUCUCAGUAUGAGCACGAAAACAUCGCAGCGCUUGACGGGUCCCCCAAAGAUGAGACACCGGUCAGAACCUUGAAGAAUCAUUACACACCUGUUCACACUAAGGCAGCAAACCACGGACAUUACGGAAAAGAGAACCUGCGCAGCGGAGGCCAAGACAUGCACAACUUCAUCUCCUCUGGGUUUGUCACACUUGGACGUGGCCACUUGAAAGCGCAGCACUCCAUAGACGAAUCGGGGCAGAUGUCCUGGCAGGGCGAUCUGGACAUCCCCAUGUCCUACGGAAACCACCACCAUGACUACCAGCAUAGCCACCUGGACCUGACCGCCCUGACACCUAAAAUGGCCCACAGACAAAUGAGAUACGAGCGACCCCAGCGGAUGAACAACAUCCUGACCUCAGCCACGGAAGCCUACGACCUGUCCCUGUCCAGAUCCUUCCAGAACCUGAGCCAUCUGCCGCCUUCCUACGAGCUGGCCCUCAAGUCUGACUUAAGUGAUAAAGACAUAGAUGACUACUACGCCAGGAAGCAUCAUCCUGACUUUGGUGGACGGGGACCAACCCACAUGGUGAAGCUGAACGCAGAACCCCAGCAACACCAGCAGCACCAGCAGCGGCAACGUCCCCGUCGAGUCCAAAGGGCCAUGUCGCAGGACCACGUCCUGUCUCCUCCCAGGACGCCGCGACGUGGAGAGUACGGCCUGUCUUCAUACGGUGUGAUGGCGGCUGCAGCAUAUGGAAGCAGCCGCCACCUCUCGGAAGAGCAGCUGCUCUCAGCGGACCGCCUCCAUUCCCAGGAUCCGCUGUUGCUGUCCCCAGCAAUGAGGCGUGACAAGUUCCGGGAGAAGGCCAUGGCGAGGGCGAUGUCUCAUGCUGACAUGCUGAUACCCACCACGCCAGUUAUGGACCGCCACAAGGUGACCAAGAUGCACUCUCAACCCAGUGCCUCUACCGACUCCUACAACACGCUGACGGUCAACCACCAAGUGACCACGUCUAAGAGGCAGGCGUUUGCUUCCCGACGAACACACACGGUGGACCACCUGCAGUACAUUCCCGGCCACCACCACACAUACCACACUGCCAGUAAGAACGAGGUAACUGUUUAACUCCAGGGUUGAAGCAUUCCUGAGACCCACCACCAACAUCAACAGAAGGAUACUCAGCAGAACUGUUCAGUCUUCUCAUCAAAACAACCUCCUGCAUUUAAGAAAAGAGAACAAAAAAAGAACUCUUCCGGCUUUUUAGCACAAGCUUUCUGUGUCAUCCAGAUUUUGGAUAAUUAGAAUCAAACCCUGGCAAAGACAUUUCUCUUUUAGAGCAUCAUAAGGGCUUUGCGCAGCGACACAAAGAUCCUUCAUGUCGGACAUUAGACAAUGUGAAGAAAAUAUUUUUUAAACUGGAUUUGGGACUGGAAGGGAAUUGUAUCAACUUUAUAAAUAUAUAAAUAUAAUAUAUUUACUAUUUGUAUUUUCAGUCCUUGUUAUAGCUUUAGAGAUUCUCAUUAACUGAUGUAAGCACUUCAGAUGGUGCCUCUUGAAUUGUCCCAUUUCGAUGAUGAAGUGGAUUUGUGGGUUAAAAAGCACAAUUAAUGACUUCCCUUUUUUUCGAUUAAGUUUUCUCUUCUUCUUCUUCUUCUUCUUCUUCGGUGAAUGGCCAGAACAUAUCAGCUUAUUAGUGAAAAACGAGGCUAUUUUUGUUGCAUAUAAUAGGAGAUUGUAAAUAGGCUAUAUUAGCAGCAUUAACCUAGAAAAGCUGGCCCUCCGGCAUUAUUUUUUUCUCCCACCUGGAAUCCUUGAUUCCUACUUUAAAAUUUUGUUUUAGAUAAGGUGAAUUCCCCCAAAUAGCAUUAUUUCCACAGAUGUCGGCAAAAUAUGUGGAUUUAAUAUAUAUCUGGGGGGUAUUUUUUUCUUUUCUAACUGUGCUUGUAGCAUAGAAUGAUUGUGUGUGAAAAAACCUUUUACCAGUGUUGACUGGCAGCUUCAGUCUGCAGAAAUAAAUCUACAGGUGAAAACGGAGCCUGAUGGUCAUUCAAAUUUGCUGAAUUUCCAUAUCCUUGCUUUGUCAUCCAUAACCCCAUCCACACAUAAUUCUCAGUUUGUGAUUGGCCAGCUGCUUCCAUCUCUACAUAUCAAGCACUCCGUGUUAAGAAGUGCACAGGUUGUGUAAUAGUUUGUCGAUGUGAUGGACCAAUCAGUACUAAAGAGGACAUCACAAUCACCUGUUAGCGAAGCAUUGAUUUAAAUGUUUGAGAUAUUUUCAUUGAAGCAAUGCCUUAUUGUAUGGAAUCCCAUAUGCUCUUAAUUGAACAAUCAUGCUUGUUGUCUUUGCUUUCUGUGCAAUAUUAUUGACUAUAAUUUACCAGCAGAACCAGCAGCGAAAACCUAUACGGUGAGAGAUGUUACAGUAUAUAUACCUCAAAAAUUCAAUUGAAGAAGUCUCAAACUUUGCAGGCAAAACAACCAUUAGGUAUAUCAAUCUUCCAAUUCUUAUUGAAAGUUGUUUAAACUUUACUCGAAUAAGAUUUAUUAAAGUUUUAUGGGCUUACAGGUAUGUGAAAAUACUGUGCUUCUGUUUUCAGUUGACCUGGGGGGUGGGAAAGGUUUUCUCGGUUGCUAUAUGAAGAUCCAGUCCAGGAAGUGAGACAGUCGGGGUCCAGAUUUUAUACUAUUAAUAGAAGUGUGGCUGUUAGGAUUUGUGUAAUUCCUUCAGGGCUUGGGUUUUCUACAUGGACUCGCCACAGUGUGACAUAAAGAUUGCCAAAGACAGUUUUUUAAGGCAAAUUUCUAUUAAGUGCAGGAAAAUUUAAGCGUGCCAUUGCACUUUUUAACUACAGGGGGAGUGUCAUGCUGCUUCCUGCCAAUCUAGUCCCUGUUUAAGUCCCAAUUAAAAUCCCAAAGAAAGCCCGCUAAGCACCUUCUUUAGGAAAUGGUCACAUGUCCAAAAAAAUAGCUUUCUCACUAAGACAAGUCCCAUCUUAAUUUAAGCCUAGACUGAAUAUAAAAAAUGGACGUAGCCACCAACUUAAGCAUUUCUGCUGAAGGGGUGUGUCUGAUGGAGAAUCCAAAAACACUUUCACACCCUUUAUAAAUAAACAUCCUGCUAAAUUAAAGAUAAUUUGUAACUAACAAUUGAAACUAUGAACUCAUACAGAAAGUGUCACACAUCAAGUGAGCAGUACAGUCAUUUUCUGAUAGACUUUUAUAAAAUUAGAGAUUUAGAGCUACAUCCAACUUUUACAUUGUAGCUCAGUUAAUGGUAUAAAGGCCAGAAAUUACAUUAUGUUUUCAUUAAAGGUCAGAAAUGCUCCUCAGAAUAACCUUUGUAUUUCUACAGACUUGCUAUUUCCAUUCCCAAAAUGUCAGGAAAUAAGAAAUUGAAAUCGUGUCUCUUUGUGACAACUCUCAGCAGACCGGACAAGUAAGAUAUCAGGAAAAUUGUUGUUUCUUUAGAUAUUUGAGUGGUCAGCUACUGUAUAUACAAACUUGGAUACAAUGUUACUUAUGAUUUGGACUGUGCAAUUUAAAUGGAAAACUUCAAAGGAAAGCAAUGUCUCAUUCCAUUCAAUUCUGUGAUUAUGCUGAAGUAUGCUCAUGCAUUGCUGCACGUUUUCCUUAAGUGUGCUUCAUUUCUUGUCAUAACAAUACAUUUAAAAUUGAUUUACGUUGUGGAGCAUGAAAGGUUGGCCAAAUGUAUCUUAAGUUCAAGAAAUGUAUUUCUUUGUUUUAAUGUGCCACUUUAUGUUUUAAUGUCAGAUAUGCAUUUAAUGAUGUCAGUUUGAGGUUGUCUUUUUUCCAACUUUACUGUCUUUGUACACAAUUUUUUUCUUCCUAUAUUGGAAAGUGCUUGCACAAAUGAGGGCCAUUUGAAGAAGGCGUGAUUAAUAGACUGCUUUAGACAGAUAUGUGUUCAUCCAACUCGCUCGACUAAUCUCACAAACUUCUGCUCCUUCUUUUCACUUAAUUAAUAAUGAUGUCAUCCCAAGAGCCUUUUCUCUAUGUGCAAUAUUUCCUGUUCAUGCAGUAUAGCUCUAUAGCCACUUACUCUUUUUAAAAAGUUGUGAAGUUCAUUGGCUGCCAUACAGGCUUUGUUGUCCUUUUUAUUUAGGAUUGUAUUGUCUUUCAUAGUCAAAGAGGAGUUUUUAUAAUACAGAUAAAUGUGGUAUGAAUGAAAACACUUCUAUGUAACUGCACAAAUAACCGGAGACUAACUUAAA